CUUCCUCUCCUUCAUAUAAAUAUGUAUCAAGACCCGGAGAAACUUCACCAUACAAGAGUAUAAGCAAUGGGACUGGGAAUGAGUCCACUUAGGCAACCAAUUGCCAUGGCAGCGCUCAUUUCCGCCGUCCUCUUCGCAGGGCUUCGGUCCUGCUGUUUCGCAGACAUCACCCCCUCCUCCCCCUCCACUUCUCCCCGGAAACCUAGAUCUUGGCCUUGGCGUCAACCAUCUCCUCCAGAUUCCCACUCCCCGGCGGCACCUAAUGGCAUCGCCGGCGAUCGUCGGGCACUCCCCACCUCCGCCGUAUUUCCAGUUUACGGGAACGUUUAUCCUGACGGAUUCUACUAUGUAUCGAUGAACAUUGGAGACCCUCCGAAACCCUACUUCCUCGACAUUGACACCGGGAGCGAUGUCACCUGGCUCCAAUGCGAUGCCCCCUGCGUCAAAUGCUCCCAGGGGCCUCAUCCUCUGUACCGGCCAAGGAAGAACGGCCUCGUGCCAUGCAAGCAUCCACUCUGCGCUGCUUUACACGAAUCGACGAAUCAUGAAGGCGGAUGCGAGGUAGCCGAACAAUGCGACUACGAGAUCGAGUACCAAGAUCAUGGCUCCUCCAUCGGCGUCCUGGUUUCCGACACCUUUGCGCUCCGCUUAACCAACAGCUCUCUUGCUCACCCUGUACUCUCCUUCGGCUGCGGCUACGACCAGCAAGCUGGCCCAUCAGCAGGGCCCAACGGGCGCUCGGACACCGACGGUGUGCUUGGGCUUGGGAGCGGGAAAGUGAGCAUACUUUCGCAGCUGAGCCAGCUCGGUAUUUGCCGGAGCGUCGUCGGUCAUUGUCUUGGCAGGCGGAGCACUGGGUUUAUGUUCUUUGGGGAGAAUGUUGUUCCUCCCAGGAGUUUGACUUGGGCGCCUAUGUCCCACAAUGCUGCGCACAAAUAUUACUCGCCUGGGCUGGCUGAAGUAUACGCUGGCAAGCAGCAGCUGGGGGUGAAGCAAGCUGUCGUCUUUGACAGUGGCAGCUCCUACACCUACUUCAACGAUAAGCUAUAUCACCACUUGCUUUCUGCGAUUAGCACCGAAAUCUCGAAAGUGAAGCCGAUGCUAAAGGAAGCAGCCGAAGAUAAGGCGCUUCCUCACUGCUGGAAGGGAACGAGGCCCUUCAAGUCCGUCUUUGAUCUCAGGAAGCACUUCCGCUCCUUAAAUCUCAGCUUCGCAAAUGGGAAAGCUCCGGCUGUACUGGAGAUCCCACCUGAGAACUAUUUCAUCGUCACUAAACAAGGAAAUGCUUGCCUGGGUAUCCUCAAUGGCGGCGAAAUAGGCCUGGGCGACUUGAAUCUUGUUGGAGACAUAUCAAUGCAGGAUGUGAUGAUUGUUUACGACAAUGAGAAGCAGAGGAUCGGUUGGGCUCGCGUUGCUGGCUGCGGUCGGCUUCCCACGUUUGCAAACUCUCCUCUCUGAUGCUUCCAUUGCAUUCUUAACACAUCCAUAACUGCUUCUGCAACUUACUGCUCACACUGCCUUUCUAUUCCUUUGCCGUAUUAAUUCAUUCAAACAGAGCUGAAGAAGACAAAGUGCUCGAAAGAAAAAAAUCCUCUCAUCCACAAUAGCACCUUUACUUAGCAACUUACCGGUUAGUUGUUACUUGUGAAAUGUUGAUUUAUACCUCGAUGAUUUCAUUUGUUAAAGAUAAAAUUUCGUGUACAUAAAAUAAAAAAAUAGAACUAUAUUUCACACGUUUCUGUUGUAGAUACAACUGCAUUUACAUCAAUAAUAUUUCAU